AUGGAUUUGAAUGAUAGGAUACUUAACGAAGAGCUAGAAGACGCGCAAAUCCAUGCUCUUCCCCUUCAUGCUCUUCAGCAGAGAACCCGAGACCUCGUUAACAAACUGAGGCUACUCAUCAACUCAAAUUCCGACAUAAAUACAGAUGACCUACUUACAGAUGCCAUCAGAAAUUCCACUGCAUAUUCUUUGGACCCUGUUGUAGAGGCUGAUAGCACUGAUGUGCGCACGAAGCUCUAUAGCUAUCCACUUAUUUCAUCCCAGGCACAAGCAAGAGCGUUUUUGGGACAUUUUUUUCAUGCAUAUAUUGGAUUGGUUCACCAGGAGCUUCGUCUCAUCGCGCUCCGUCUCGUCUCAGCAAUUUCACACGAGGGGGAGCUGACCAUCUUUGAGCAAGAGCUCUCUAUUCGGACCGGGGCGCUUCAUGAGACGUUAAGGGAUGCAACGACAGCAUAUUCCAAGAUCCUCCCGUUGGUUUACAGCCCAGCCCUUGCAAAUACCUCUCAUCGAUUUACUGACCCGCUUGUCUUGGAUCCCCAGAUACCGCUAUCAAGCACACAGCUGGGGAGUCAGCAGGACACUGAUUCGAGCGCUCCUCAGCACCACGAUCUCGGAAGUAGUGUUCCUCUUUCACUCAGUGAUUACGCAAUUCCCCUGGCUGCUCUGACACGCGCCCCCGAUCUAUAUGAUGAGUUAGAGCCACGGCUAGGGGCCUUGGAUAGGUCGCGUACCGGUGAAAUCCUUCGGCGUGGAAUGGCUUCUCUAGAGAGGUAUUUGACGACAACGCAUAGCCAAUUCCAUUGCGAUUAUCCAUAUCUUUACACUGCCACAGCACAGCUUCAAACCUCGCUAGUUGCCCUGGGCGAUUCUUACAGUGUCCUUUUGGAUCCUCUACGGGAGGCUACCGAGUUCGUCUCACGCUCAACAAAACUCGUUACAUCAAGUGUUGACAAGUUAAUUCGAUUCUUCGCUGUAGCGCAGCACAAACCAUGCGAUAUCAAUUGUGGGUUGGAAUCGGUGUCCCACUCUGCAGUGAUCAAAGACAUAGGCACUGGAAGCACCUCGCCAAUUGCUAUCAUCGAUAGCCUAGGAUAUGAACGAGUAGCUAAGCGGAAUCCGCGAUAUCACAGUCCUACGAAUAUACAACAAAGCGGAACCAGCAGCAACCUUCGACUACGCUAUAGGAAUACAUAUAUGGUAGCAGGCAAGCUGCUGGAUAAACUAACUGCAGCAGAGCACGAAGUAGCUGACAAUACGUGUGUGAAGCUCACUACAUUUCUUAAUGCGCCUUUCCAUGAUGCAAUGUCAGUCACAGACACAGAAAAACAGAAGCAAAGUCAAUGCAACCGUAUAUCCGCGUCGCCUCUCUUGGUAGUUGAUUAUGUGUACAGAUUCGUUGCUGGUUUAGCCAAUUCCUCUGUUAAACCAGCGAAUUGCACUAGUGCUACGGGUACAUCAGAUGAUAUCUUCCGUAUUCUUACAACAGGCACGGGGCAUAAUGAAAACACUGGUGAGAAUGCUAAUAGCUCUUCCAUGGCCCCUCCUACUGCCAGAACAAAACUUUCUUCUUGCCUUCCUGGACAUGGUAUGCCCAUAUUCACUCACUCAUUGGACAUUGAUGCUGCGGAUGCUCGGGUGAAAGCAGGUCCUGCAGCCCUGCCCGUAAAUGCGCAUCUCUUCGAUUCUAAGUCCCUGGUUAUUGAUGAGGCACUGGUUCAUGACCUUAAUCUGGCCAAAACAGCAUUUAACGAUGUUGAAGACUACUAUAAAAUGAAGCUUGACAACUUUGACUCGUUAACCGGAGAUGUGAUUGCUACUGUGAAUCGGUACAUAAGCGCACGGGUCAAGGCACAUAUAUCUUAUGCGAAUACGGGGCUUCCGACCAAUCUGCUCCACUUACAUUACUAUAUGAUUUAUGGGAAGAUUGUGCACCUUCGUGCACGCCUAUUGUAUCAUUACAAUCAUUUAGAAUAUGUACGGUGCAAGAUGGACAGCGACCUGCAUCUGCACACACUCAACUUCCCCUUUGAGCAAUCCAAUAAGCCAUUCUGUUUGCAGGACGUUGGCGACGCUCUCCGAGAAAUUAUGUCGAAGGAAGUACCUGCGGGCUCUGGAACGGGAAUGUACGGUGUGCUUGGCUUUAAGCGCGACGAGUCUCUUAGCGAGCGCUCCUCCCUCAAGGCAAAUGAUAUUAUAGCACCAGACAAGUCUAGGAUCAUCUUUACAGAGGCUAUACGGCAACUCUCGCACGUCGUUGAGCGAGAUAUUCUCUACGCGGGCAGUACGCUUGUUGAGUACCUGUCCUCUGACGCAGCAGAGAACAAGACUGAUUUAUCAGAGCUAGGCAACGGGCCUCUUCGCGUUGACCGCAUGGUUAUCUUGCUCUUUCUUUAUGAGCAGGAGCUCAACCUUGUUGAGCGUAAGAGGCAGGUCGUCGAUCAGGCGCUGAAGUGCUACUUUCAUUCUGUCAGCUAUGUGGACUGUAUCAAGUGGCUCCAGUAUGUCUCGGGCAUAAUUGACAUGAGGCCGUCGUAUGAUGCAGACUUACUAGUUGCAACGAAUGAUAUCAACAGCUUCACGGGAUGCCAGGCGCUAGUUCUACGCCUUCAGCAGGUCUCUCGAUUCAUUGAAGAGUACAUUACCGCUGUAUUAGAAGAUGAUUGUCGAGAGGCAGCUGUAACGAGAGUUCAUACACACAUAGAAAGAAAGUUGGUUAGUGCGUCUUUACCCCCAGCACAGCAAAAACUGGGGCCUGACACGGCUCCGUGGAAAGGAUCAGCAUCCCAGAGAAAUAAUUCUGCCGGAAGUAGACGUAGCUCUUCGGCGUUCCAGCAUGUUAGCUCUAAACUUGGGAUCAGCCAAUCUGGAUACCGACCAACAUCAGCUUUAGCGUCGCAAACUAGCAAGUACCUGGGAGGCGACCAUAAAGAUGCCAGCAGUAUUUCUGAGCGAUCCUCCAUCGAUGGCUUGUCGCGUAAGGAAGGACCAAAGAGAGCACUGCUUCUAUCUGGACAUGCGGAGGCAUCUGACGAUCAUCUUCAUAAGAGAGUGGAGUCGGGUGGAACCGCUUUUACAGUCACAAAAGAUAGCUAUGUGGUGACGUUCCCAAGGUACGCUGGCUUCGGGUCCCCUGUUCACCCCGCCUUCGCACAGACAACUAUCUGCGAUAUCCAUUAUUCUAUUGGGAAACUAGUCAAUCUGCUUUCUGAUUUGGACAAGUAUGCAUACGUUUUUACUUCCAAGUAUCUUCUCGCGCCACGACUGCCGGCCUAUGCGAAUGACUUAUGCCACUGUGCAGUCUAUGAAGCUGCACGCGAAGAGCUCUUCUUUGUGUCGCAAUCUCGUCGCACCCGUGGGGCUCUUGGAACUCUUCCUCAGUAUCUUCAUAAGCAGUGUCGAUAUGGGCUUUAUGGGCUUCCAUACGAGCUUGUUCAGAGUGUGAAGACAAUAUCUCAGGCAAACGAAUGCUUAAAUAUUCUAGCAAGCAAGCGAAACUUGGCGCUUUUAACUAUUCAGACUACUAUCGCAGUUCAAUGCCUUGGUUCAUGUUACAAUGAAUUGGGUCGACGACUAUCAAAGCUCAGUAUGGGCCGUGGUCCGUGGACAAACUCGUGUCUGGAAGAUAUGUUGCCUAACUUUAUUAAUUUCGAAGAAUUUCUGACUGGUUAUACACAUGAGCUGCCUCGAGCUAGGGCAAGUAGUGCACUGCAUGUCCCAGACGUGUGCAAAGAAACAGAGACAGAGUAUGAUUAUUCUAUAUGCCUACUUGACUUUAGCAAUCGUGACUUCACGUCAACCUUUGAUAGCUUCCAGCUACCGAGCGACUUUGAUUUUGAGCUGUGCCUUCUGGACCCUCUUGCUGGAGCUGCUGUCCGUCUACUACGAGACAUGACCCCUACUGUUUUCAAAUUAGAUCCAUUGUUUCUUGACGGGAAUACGAGUGAGCUUCUUGAAGCAGCUCUGCCAGAUGUGAUCAUUUCAGAUGACUCCUCGGACGAGGAAUUUAUCUUGACGGCCGACUCCAAGGCCACAUUGAAGGCUACUUCUAACUCGGCUGGAAAGCAUUUAUUUCCAACGUCAGCGCACACCCUCUGUGGCCCAGGUUCCGCUAUUGAUCUUUCUUAUAAAUCGUAUCACCCAUAUGCACACAUUCCCAACUUUCUUUCUCCGUCCACCGUUUCAGAUGUCGCAGGAACCCUCAGUGGAUUCUCCUAUUGCAGCACUCUCUUUUCUAUAACAACGGAGCAUCGGAAAGAUGCAUUUGUAGAAGCAUCGCACAGUCAACUAGCGCAGAUCUCUAGGAAGUACCAGCACGAGCUGUCAUCCAUAGUUGACAUGUUAAUUGCUAGAGGCCCCGAGAAGAUGGGCCCAAAAACUAUCUCAGUACAGGAUAGCUUCGAGACAAAUCCGUACAUCUAUCUAGAUAACGUCGUGGGUUUCCUGCAGCGGCUUGUCUUCGUCCAGGCCUGUGGUCUAGAGUUCUAUCGUACCGUCUUGAAUGAGCUUGUCGAAACAGUAAUGGUUCCUCUGCGAAAUCUCAACACUGCAUGCGAGCUGAAGGCAAGGCACACUCUCAUGGCGCAACAGGUGGAUAUAUCUGCCGUAUCUGCAGUUGUUCUAUUAGACAACGUACCUGAAUCAACGUCUUUCUUCAUUACACAGCAGUAUGCCGAUUUGCAAAGCAAUAAUGUUGUCUCCAAGGGAGCCAUACCUCUAGGGCAAGAGCCCCAGAUGUCUGCUCUUAACAAGUACACGGCAAAUGACUGCUUUCUUUCUUUCCUGAUCUUGGCAGCAGAAUAUAAGUAUAUUUGGAGCAACACAGUGUAUCUAAAAGCUCGAUCGUCCUAUGCAGAGCUACAGGAUAAGCUUGCGUCUGGUGUCGUGGGUAGCUUGCUUAUGUUUGAACGCGCUCGAUGCAUUGAAUCCGUUCUGCUCACCCACAAAGACCGUCUUAUGGUCCUUAAAAGAGCACAUGUCCAGACAGAUUACGAUCGAGACUCCCUCACCACCAGCGACACCACACGGUCUGCCCGCAGCUCGUCGCAUGUCUCCACAGGAGCAUUGGAAGAUGCCUCUGAUCUGCCAUUCCAUUUGCGACUUAAUCUUCGCAAUAUGGAACUGGUUACAAUAGUGCUUAUGUUAUGCGACUAUUCGCGUGCACAUUCGUUACGGAGUCAGCUUGCUGAUAUUUUGAACAGGCUCCGUGAAAAACACAAAGAGAUGCACCUCUGUGAAGUUAAGAAUAUUCUUACUCGCCAGCAAUCUGCUGAUCAGUCAGAUUGGAAUGCAUAUAUUGAUGGAGUCGCCGACUAUUCUUUUGCCUCGACGGAACAGCAGGCCCUAGAGUUUCUUUCUGAGUUUAAAAUAAUAGACAAUCUGCACAAUUGGAAAGUUAACAUAGCACAGUCACUGGGAAGAUAUCUCCCCGGUACCACGACUGAAAUAAAAAAAGGUGGAAAGGCAAGAACAAAAGGGAGAGCACCUAAGAGAGUAGCGUGUCGUCGAAAGAAUGAUCUAACAGAUAUAUAUGACAUUCUUUGCAUUUCACCAUAUCUGCUGGAUCCUCUUGUGCAUGAAAAUAUAUCUUCUUUGUUAUUUGGUCACACACCAGACGCACUCACUAGAGCUCCUGUCUCACAAAACGUUCUUCCCAACUUGACGAUAGUCCCUCCAGCAUCGUCAGUUCGCUUUGUUAUGGCAAGCAAGACAACGAACCUCUUCCAAGCCGUUCCACUCUUGGCUGGCUUAAUACAUCUCUACGCGUCUUAUCUGCACUACUGUGACUUCUCUCUUGUUCUUCAAAGGCUUUCUUGCAGACUUGCAAUGAGUGGACACAAGCACCACGACGAACAGAACUUCGACGCACAAGUGCAUGACCUGCUACUUAAUGACAGUAGCUCCGGUUUUCUUAGGCGUGCAAAUGGAUAUAGCGACUUCAUUCUGAAGAUGGCCCUAAGUAGCCAAAUGGACGAGGAGUCACAAACCAGCAGCACUCAUAUGCAUGGAUGCAUUACUCGCGUCCAGAAAGAUGAGGGCGAUUCAACUGAUACAACCUCUGAUACCAGCGGGUCAGACAUGCCACCUAGCAGCAAAGAGCCAGAUCAUCCUGUCCCGAUUGACCAGAGUGCAACAGGGAAAACUGCCGAGCUAGAAGAGAUCUUGCCACCGGGUGAAUUUGAGCUUGUCGGCUAUGGAGAACAUAUUGAUAACUCGUCGGUUCAACAGGAAACGAAGAACUUAAUCGGACAGCUACGUCUUGUUUCUAACUCGAAGGCUCUUGACUUCAAAAUACGGGGGCAUCGGUGUAAGAAUAACAUGCUGGUGUUUUUCGCACGACUGAUGUCACUAGUGAUGAUGAGCAUUUGGAGACAGUGCAAGCAGCACCAGCAAACAAAGUAUGUGUCGCAGAACAAUGUUAAUAUGCCAAUUAAGAAGGUCCAUAAAACCGUGGAUGUCGUGGAUUUCAAUAAGUAUGCAUCAUCGUUAGGACUCCUUGAUGGUAUUACAGAGAGGCUCACCAAGCAUCAGACCAAGCCGGAGGAUGAAUAUGUGGGCUCAGAUCCCAAAAUGCUCGAGUUUAUGUCCUCACAGAAGGCGUUAGAGCUCCAAGCAAUGCCUAUUACACCGCUAGAAACAAGUACUGGGGAUCCAGACACCGAAGCUUCAUCAGUCGUCUCAGACAACAGCGAGGAUCAAGACCUGUUUCUUCCUGAGGUAGGUGAGGCUCUACUCUUGACUUCCUACACCCUUGUGGAGGUGCUUAAGGUUGUGUAUGUCAUGCGGGACUUUGCGUUUGAACGGAUAAUGGGGUAUGCACUAAUAUGCUUAAAAAGUGCGUACUCCCAUGGUGACCUUAUCUCUACCGACAGCUUGCUUGAAACGUUUGAAAACGUGAAGCGUGUAACGGGCUUUGAUUUGGUUGUCGGCAAUCCGACGAAUAAGAUUAUCGACAUCAUACUUGGAAGGCUAAGGCCCAGUGGUAAGGCCGACGGUUUGCCAGGAGUGCUUGACGACAAUGUUAUCAAUGAGCGAACCAUGGCGUUAUUGGCCCAUAGAGGAAACGAGUACAGUGCCAGUGGCAUAGAGGUAACAGAGGAGAGCAGGCAAGUGAAGCAGAGAGAGUAUUCGGACAGCCUCUUGAAGAACGGGCAGCCCAGUGAUGUGUGUGGGGGCGAAGAUGAUACACUUCGUGCCACAAAACGGGUAUCGCUCGACCUUCUAGAGCAGUCUCUUCCGGAGCCUUAUUCAGAGUAUCUCCAACACGACAACCAGUCAGACCUGUUACAAAGCGUAGCAGGCGCAGGCCUCAAAUUGAAUCUCAAGACCUUGAAGACAUGCGGUGAGCAUACAGAUCUAUUUAGACCAAGAAUACUCAACACUAAAAGCUCUUUCUCAUCAAGAUUGGUGCUCAAUCGAUUUGCUGAGAUCACACAUCUCAGCAUAAUGUCGCCUCCAUUCCUUGACGGACUAUUUAACGGAUUGUGCAGUGGACAUAAGUUUGGCUCGUCACUGUCCUGCUUCGCUGGAUAUGCCCCCAUCACAAUAAGCCUAGAUCAAGCUGAGCAAUCGGCACAUUCACCGAUAAACCUUAACUGCGGAAUAACCAAUCUAGGGCAUCAUCUUGUGCACGCAGGCCUCAGCUCCUUUGCACCCAACCAGCCCCUGCUCAAGGAUACCGUCAGUCAUAGAGCGAGUCUGUCAGCCCGAAGCGCAUCUGGUAGGUCAUCCACUACCCUAAAUGAAGUCAGCUUUGCCGAAAUCUUCGGUGCAGUUGGCCAUCAAUCAAUCCUCUUGGACCAGUGCACCCUCGACGAUGGUGACAAUCGCAUAGAUGCCUCAGCUCUGCAUGUGCAUAUCUUUCUCCAGCAGCUCAGAGAAAGAACCUACGUGCACACCUACGGCAAGCGGGAGCUACAAUCACAAACUAGACAUAUUGCAUAUAGCUUCUCCGACUUUUUCCUGCUAUCUGAGCGAAUAUCUCCGAUAGUGCUGUACUCGGGAGAGAAAGUGUUAGGCAUAGAUACCGUCGAUGAAUAUUCGGAGUUCUGCGCUCUUUCUGAGUGCGGAAGAUCUGUUGUGGCAAAGCCUUACAUGGACAUCUUUGAUCCCGUGUCUCGCUCAUUAACCAAUGAGAAAGCUGGCUUGACAGAGCCCCCUAAGACACGGUGUGUAGUUGUCGGCAAACUGAGGCUAUUUCAAUUAUACAAUAUGUUAAACUGUUCGGCCAUACCAUCCCACUUCACAGCAAGACAUAAUAUUCUAGAAAACAACUAUGCCAACAGCUCUUCUCAGCGUUCUAAUCCACUUGACCUUUCAAAAAGACAUAUAGACGAGCGUGAAUGGCUAGCCUAUUUACCAGGGUACAUGGAUACAGUUCUAUCCUAUCACACCAAUCCUACUGUGGAACCGUGGCUAAAUUCUGCCAGACUAUCCAUGAACGUCUUCCUACUGAGUGGAUAUGUUUAUAAUCAGCUUUCAGAAUCCCUCGUUAGCAAUCUGGAAGCUCUAAUUGAGAAAAUAAAAUCAUAUGUUCCCACCAAUCCCAGUGACAACUUCAUCACGGCAAACAGAUUCUUCAAGAAUGCCGCUCCAAUAUAUCCCCUGGUACCCGGAACUUAUGGGCUAAGCCCAGCAGAUGUUACCCUCCCUUAUCUCCCUGGAGACUCCAUGCAGUCCACCAGGUUCCUUCAUCGAUACUUCGGAAGAAACUUCAUGACAAUAGAAGCCCUCAGCAAUGGAGUUGCAAGCUCUGGAGAGAAUCAGAAUCUUGUUGUUUUAACAAACUAUGCUCUGGCGCAGAUGCUUGACAAAUUCAAAUCCAUUCUGUUCAGCGAAAUGACUCAGCGUGUAAGGCUGAAGUUGCAAGGAUCUUUGCUCUCUUCUUUGGGAAUGAGAGCGGCUCUCUUUAGCAUGACAGUCAACAACACCGAGGCGUCCCAGGCUCUUGUUAAAAUACUCACCUCUAUGCCCGCGGCUGUGUCGUCCUAUUCAGCAGCCCGCCUCCACAGCCUGCAGAGCAAGCUGUCUUCCCUUCACAUGCUCAACACAAGCAUUGUCAGAGAGGCCUCUCUCCUGCCCACCACAAUUCGCAACAUCAUUACCCAUAUUUAUUCCGACGCACUAAACAUGCUAUUUUUCCGCAUUACGGCUGAAAAGGAGAUAGCUGCUGAUAUUAAUGAUGACGCUUGCUCGAUAGCUCGCAAAACCGUGGCCAGUGAGCGUAUCAAGGCACUUGUGAGGUUGAGUCAGUGUGUCUCAUCGCAAUCUAAGUUCUUCCUGGAGUGCGCUGAAAAGGAAAAAGAGAUUGCUUUCUAUGAAGAAGCCCUCGCUCUUGAGGCCCGCUUCAUGCGCAAGUCCGCCGCAUUCAAUAAUAUAAGGCGAGGUUACCUUGAGAGGAAAAUCAGCAGCUACAGCACCAUGUUUGAGCAGGAAUAUAUAAGACUUGUGGGCCUCAACAACAUGUUGGUCGAUGCAAGCAAAGAGUCGGAAGCAAACCUACGUCUCGAGCUAGCCCAGUUGUCACAGCAACUUAGCAGACUGAAUGAGGAUAACGAGUGUCUGCGGAUAGAGCUCCAGGAUCGCAUGUCAAUUGUGUCCAAGACCAAGAUGAAAAAGGAUGCUGAUAAUAUCUUUGCCGGCAUUAACACACUGACACCGAUAGCUACGAUAGCAAAGGCGAUGGCCCUUCCGGAUAACAUAAAAGUGGAUGUGGAGCGCCUGCAGAUCAACACUCAGAAAGUGAGGCAAGAAGUUGAGAUAUUGAAGGCAGAGGUGCACAACUUAAAGAAGCAAUACACUUUAGAUGUGGCCCUCUCAGAAGAACGCGCAAAGCAGUUACGAAAUAACCAGCAACUCCUGCAGGUACGGCGGCGAAAGCUUAUUGACACUGCAAACACACUGCUCCGUGAUAGUGAGCAGACCAUAAUAGAUGCAGACACCGUGUGGGCAGAAGCAAGAGAAGCACAGAAGGCUGAGCGUUGGCACCUGGUAGACCGCUUACGCGGGCUACAUAUAGAAGCCCGUACCCUAGAACAAACAUACAAUAAAAUGCAGCAAGAGAUCCAAAGGGUCCGGCGAGAAGGUGAGAAGUUGAUACUCGGAGGCUUAACUCCCCUUACAUUUAAGUCUAACUGA